AUGGCGCGCGGCCGCCCUUCGCGCGCUGCUGCUCGUCGUAUCAGCACGCCUGUUCGCAGCGCAACACCACAACAAGAUAGCGAUGAGGAGAUGCAAGAUGUCGCAGAGUCACAUGCAGACACACCGAAAGAGGAGGAAGAGGAAGAUGCUGCAUCAGCAGUCCAAGGCAGUGACGAGGAAGCUGCACCCUCUGAGCGCUCCCCAUCUCCCGUAGUUAUACAACAGUUCCCUCGCAAGAAGCGCCUCGGUCGCCCCCCCAAGAACCGACCGCCGGACUGGAAUGUCAUCGAGGGUGAGAACUCGGAAGGUGGCACACCCAUCAGACGUAAACGUGGUAGACCCUCAGGCGUCGGCCGAGGCCGUCCACCAAAGGGUGGCCCAUCUCAUGUCACGCGUGUGCCAAUCGACAAGGAGGGCAAUAUGAUGGACGUUGUCAAUGACGAAGUCGAUCUACCCGAAGAUGAAGAGGGCGAGCAAAAGGUCGACAAAAUGGGCAACCUCUUGGGCGGGCGCGACUACCGUGUGCGCAUAUUCACAAUCAAGGGCCGGGGCGACCGGCAAUACAUGCUGUCAACAGAACCUGCACGUUGUUGUGGGUUCAGAGACAGUUAUCUCUUCUUUACCAAGCACAUGAAGCUCUACAAGAUCAUCAUCGACGACUCUGAGAAGCGAGAUUUGAUUGACCGGGAGAUUAUCCCACAUUCAUACAAGGGUCGCGCCAUUGGUGUUGUUACUGCACGCUCUGUCUUCCGUGAGUUUGGUGCUCGCAUUGUGAUCGGUGGCAAGAGAAUCAUCGAUGACUACUACGUCACUGCAGCGAGAGAGCGUGGAGAUGUAGAGGGCGAACUGGCGGAUCCAAACGACAGAUUGCCACCCCCUGGAGAGCCAUACAAUAAAAACCAAUAUGUCGCUUGGCAUGGCGCAAGCAGCGUUUACCACACAGGUGUUCCGAGCGUACCUAUGGCAAAUGGCAAGCCUGUACCCGGCAAGCGAAAGGUCAACAUUACGUCGGCCAACUGGCAAUUCGAACACGGUUCCGCCGCGAGUCGUUUCAACUCCAGUCUAUCAAGGCAACGUAGGGCAAAUUUGGAGGGAGUCUAUGAUCCGCAUACCAAUCUGAUGCACUACUCCAAAGUCACACAACCGACCCACGCACGAUGGGAGGAGGUAGCGCCGGAUGAGAGCGACGUGCCUCCGCUAGUUCGCCAAAAAUUUCUCGUAAUAGACUCGAUAUUCCAACAACCUCCCUUCACAAGCUUAGGCAUACCGGGUCCAGACGGCGACUUCAUCGACGUCGGAACGAAUGGCCUGCCAGAAAUCGACGAUGAGGUCAAGCAAAACAUGAAGUCCGAAGAAAUAGAAGCAUUUGAACAUCUCAAACGCGAGGAGCAGGAAUGGCGCAACCAGUGGGGAGGUGAGAGCACCGAUGGUGCUCGUCUGAAACCUAAGAUCGGAUACAUUGGUGUUCCGGUCUAG